AUGCCAAAAUCAAAACUCAAAAAUGCUGCAAAAAAACAUAUAUUUACACAAAGUAGAAAUAAUAAUAGAAGAUUUUUAGCUGCAGAUCCAGAAUAUAACAAUCUAGAAUAUAGUGAUUCAGAACUUUUAGUCUAUGAAUCUGAGAGCAGUAAUGAGGAGGAAUUUAAUAAUGGGGAGAUGGAACUUAGUGAAGAAGAAGCUGAACGGUUAGUUUAUGAAAAUAGUUCAUUUUAUAAUAUUCAAUGGGAUAAUAAAGCAUCUGGUGGUCAGUUACCAUAUUAUUCUGGUGGUUCAAAACAUACUCAGCAAUGCAAGAAUAAAGGAUUACAGGAGGUGGCACAAGGAUCAAUGAGUUUGGACAAUUUUUUUAAACCUGUAAAAAAAUUAGAAGUUAAAUAUAAAAUGUCAGACUCAGAUAUAAGCGAUUUAGAUAUAAAAAAUAACAGUUCUAUUUUAGAGAAAAUAAAUAAAUUAAGUAAUAAUCUCAAAGACAUGAAAAAUAUGAACACUUAUGAAUAUCUCUGUCUUCUUGCCGUGCAUAAAUACCUUGCUGCAAUCUUCAAUCAUGAAGAGUCACAUUCCCGUGUAAAACUAAAUCUUGAAAUAUUACAACAAGUUUUUCAACGUGGUCUAUGGAUAGCACGUUAUAUCCGUGAAAGAAUAAUCGCUGAAAAAUUUCAGAAUUAUGUUCAGAACAAUGUUUUACCACAUAUUACCAGUUCUCGUAUUUCAAUUUCAUUAGAGACAGCUCAAACUUGGCUUCAUCGUCUUGGCCUCGUAUAUCAACGGCAUUAA